CCGACCACGUCAAAAAAAUUUGAAAGUUGUGUCCGCUCAUUCCAGAGAUUCAUUCGCUCGUCUUCUUCGUCUUGAAGAUUUGAAUUACAACCACAGAGACGAGUUUUCUCUACUCCGGCGAGAAAGCGGAAGAAGGAAAGAGAACGAUUCAUCUGAACAAAUCGGAAUAGCGCACAAACUAAUCCUCACUCCAGAGUAACAGAUAUACGGUUGUUCCCUUUGUAUUCAUUUUCCGACUCGGCCAUUUUUGUUGCAGUUGAUCUUUACAGGGAGUUUUCACCUCAACUUUGUUUGAGAAAUUGCAAUAUGACGAACUUUCAAAACGAUCAGCUUCUGCAAGUUGAAACAACUUGUGGGUCACUUCUAUAUGAACUCCAGACAAUAUGGGAUGAAGUGGGAGAACCAGACGAUGAGAGGGAUAAAUUGUUACUUGAGCUUGAAAAGGAGUGCUUGGAGGUGUACAGAAGAAAGGUUGAUCAAGCAAACCGUUCUCGAGCUCAAUUGCGUCAGGCUAUUGCAGAUUCUGAGGCCAAGCUAGCUUCAAUAUGUGCUUCCAUGGCAGAGCGACCUGUGCUUCUGAGACAGCAAGAUCAGAACAUUAGGAGCUUGAAGGAAGAGCUUAGAGCCAUUCAGCCUCAACUCGAAGAGAUGCAGAGGAGAAAAGAUGAGAGAGUUAGCCAAUUUCUUGACGUUUUAGAAAAGUUAGAGAAAAUUUCCAACGAGAUCGCAAGACCAAAUGAUGUUUCUAGUGGCGGUUUGGAUGAAACUGAUUUGUCCCUCAGAAAGCUUGAAGAAUUCCAUAAGCAUCUUCAGAUGCUUCAAAAAGAAAAGAAUGAUAGGCUCAAUCAGGUUAUGGAAUACACCGAAGCUCUGAAUUCCUUCUGUUCAGUGCUUGGUUUAGACUUCCAGCAUGUGCUGAAAGAUGUUCAACCUAGUGUGGAUGAUUGCGAAGUGCCAAAAGCCAUUGAUGAUGGUGCAAUUCAGAGACUUUCCAAUGCGGUGGAUAAAUUAAGAGAGAUUAAGAAGCAGAGAAUGCAAAAGCUUCAAGAUCUUGCUACUACGAUGUUGGAGCUAUGGAACCUCAUGGAUACACCAGUCGACGAGCAGCAAAUGUUUCAGAAUGUUACCUGCAAUAUUGCUGCCUCAGAAGAUGAAAUAAAUGAGCCUAAUAUUCUCUCUGAAGAUUUCAUCAAUUAUGUUGAAGCGGAGGUUCUAAGACUGGAAGAGAUGAAGGAAAGCAAGAUGAAGGAUCUUGUUCUGAAGAAGAGAACGGAGCUUGAAGAUGUAUGUAGGAAGGCACACAUGGUAGCAGAACCUGAAGCUUCUAUUGAGUAUACAGUGACUGCAAUUGAAUCAGGGGUGAUUGAUCUUGGGUUUGUACUGGAGCAACUGGAGGCCCAGAUAGCUAAAGCUAAAGAGGAAGCAUUUAGCAGGAAAGAAAUUCUGGAGAAAGUCGAUAAGUGGUUGGCUGCAUGUGAGGAAGAAAAUUGGCUUGAGGAAUACAACAGGGAUGAGAACAGGUACAAUGCUGGCAGAGGUGCACACUUGACACUAAAGAGGGCUGAAAAAGCUCGUGCAGCAGUCAACAAGCUACCAGCAAUGGUGGAAAAUUUGGCAGCUAAGACUACAUCUUGGGAGAGAGAAAGGGGCAUAGAAUUUACCUUUGACGGUGUGCGUCUUCUCUCUUUAUUGGAAGAGUAUACUAUACUAAGACAGGAGAAAGAGCAAGAACGUCGGAGGCAACGGGACCAAAAAAGACUGCAGGGGCAGCUCAUAGCAGAACAAGAAGCACUCUUUGGCUCAAAACCAAGCCCUUCAAAACAGCAAAGUGCCAGGAAAAUGCCCAGGACUUCAAUGGGAGCCGCCAACAGAAGGCUUUCACUUGGAGGUGCUAUGAUGCAGAUGCAGUCACCCUUAGUAGAGUCGAAGUCAGGACUCCACGGAAAUACUAGUUUAUCAAGGCAAACACGGAAAAUUGACUCCUUUCAUAAUCAGAAAACUGGAGAUGGUCAAGCCGCACUAUCAGCAGGACGGCGAGGAUUGGAUGUUGCUGGCCUUCCAGUAAGGAAAUAUUCCAUCUCUUCAAAUACUGAUGAAAAUGAAGUUCCAGUGCCCGCACAGAGAAUGCCAUUCUCUCCUGUAUCUUCAUUCUCUUCAAGGUCCAAUUCCGCAAAUCCUUUGGAUGAACUCAAUCAUAAUAAGCUGCAGAAUGCUUCAGUUAAAAGCAAUCUGUACACUACACCAAAUAAAAGCAGUUCUUUCACUGAUGAGGAGAACAGGACCCCGAAAGCCAUGCCGAUCCCUAUCCCUUGUACCCCACAAUCGGUAACAGUCCCAAUGCAGACUGCUGCAACGCCUGCCCCUACUGCUACUGCUGCUUCACUUGCAAGCCAAGAAACCCAGAGAGCGGCACCAGAAACAGAGCCGGAGAUAGAAUACUCAUUUGAAGAAAAACGCCUAGCUUUUCUCCUUGCUCCUGGCAACUGGGUACCAGCUUAAGGUAGUCUGUCUGAAUCAGGAGCAUUUGAUGCUGUCUGCAUCGUUAUCACGUUGGUUCUUUGCUUGUACAACAUACUUGUCAGCCAAGAUUAGUUGGCUCAGCGUUAUGGUCCAUGCACUUGCUGUGAACCAUCAUGAACAAAUUGGUUUUUUGAACAUUAUUGCUUUUAUUACACGGAAAUGUUAUGUUACCUUUGAGAAUA